ACCACAGUGACAUCCUCGACGUUGUGUUGAGCUUCACAGCCGUCUCAGCCUCCAGCCCACCUUGGUGAAGGAGAAUCCAAAUCUUCUAGAAAACAUGGCCUUCAAUGGAACAUGGCAGGUCUACUCCCAGGAGAACUACGAGGAGUUCCUCAGGGCCAUGGGAAUGAACAAAAAAGAACUUGUGCUAUGCUUACCAGAACUUCCAGCAGAUGUCAUAAAGAUGGCCAAGGACAUCAAACCAAUUACUGAGAUCAAGCAGAAUGGCAAUGACUUUGUUGUCACCUCCAAGACCCCUGGAAAGACUGUGACCAACUCCUUUACCAUUGGCAAGGAGGCUGAUAUCACCACCAUGGACGGCAAGAAGAUCAAAUGCACUGUCAAUCUGGAGGGUGACAAAAUGGUCUGCAACACUGGCAAGUUCUGCCACAUCCAAGAGAUCAAAGGAGGAGAGAUGGUUGAGACUUUGACCAUGGGCUCAACAACCCUCGUCAGGAGGAGCAAAAAGGUGUAACUCUGGCAGUGAAGAAACAAUGUCUAUUUAAAUAAAAGUGUUGCUUAAUAAG